AUGACCCUUGGCGCAAUCGCCAACCCCUUUCCAAACCCCCAGAACGAUGCCGUGCAAUGCGGUACCAACACCUGCAACAACGGCGACGUAUGCUGUAACGAAAGUUGCGGCAUCUGCACUCCUCCUGGUGGUCUAUGCACCCAGCAAGCCUGCAAACCACCUACAGAUUCGGUUGAUCGCCCUGUGAAGUGCGGUCCGAACACCUGCAAAAAAGGCGACGUGUGCUGCAACGAAAGCUGUGGUAUCUGCACCCCUCCUCGCGGGACGUCCAAUGCGGUCCUACAAUCUGCAGGAGAGGCCAGGUCUGCUGUAAUAAGAGCUGUGGAAUUUGCACUCCCCCUGGUGGAGGGUGUACCAAACAAGCCUGCUUCCCUCCCCCCGCGAAAUGCGGCUCGACGACCUGCCCUUCUGGCCAAGUGUGCUGCAACGCCAGCUGUGGAGUCUGCACUCCUCCUGGUGGGGCUUGUACCCAACAAAUCUGUCAGGAUCCUGCGACGACAAUCAAUGAUAUGUGAUAUGAAUUAA